AUGCUGCUGCGCCUGGUGGUAUCGCUGGCCGCGCUCCUCAGCCUGCGCCUCGGCUCGGGCGCGCACGGUAAGACUCCGGGACCCGGUUCUGCCCUCUCCACGCCCGCCCCGCUGGGCUGUGUGGGUCGCCAGACUCGACUCCGAAGCGUCCUCAAUUCUCCGUUAAAGUUCUGCAUUCCUCGAGAACCCCAUCUGGCUGGCCCUCUGGGGAGAGGGGCGCCCAUUACCUCCUCAGUCCCCGGCUGGGGCUCCCCAUUCUGGCAAGACUGGGUCUCAGGCUCACCUUUUGUGGAAGUGGAAGAAGCUGAUGGGGAAUGGGGGGUGGAUAGAGAAUAUUCAGUCAAUGGGAGCUGUUAUAAUUCUUCUCAUCAGCACCAUCCUUGUCCCUGGGGGUGGGCUCUGCCAGCUCUGGUACUGACACCCUUCUCCCCGGGGACAGAACUGCCCGGACCUCCAUCUGUGUGGUUUGAAGCAGAAUUCUUCCACCACGUCAUCCACUGGAUGCCGAUCCAGAAUCAAUCUAAAAAUACCUACUAUGAAGUGGCAAUUAUGAGGUAUGGAAAAGAGCUCUGGAAGACCAUUCCCAACUGUAGCCAGACCCUGGCACAGUCCUGUGAUCUCACCACGGUGACCCUGGACUUGUACCACAGCAAUGGUUACCGGGCCAAAGUCCGGGCAGUGGACGGCAUCCAGCACUCCAAUUGGACCUUGGCCAGCACCCGCUUCUCUAGGGAUGAAGUGACUCUGACAGUUGGCAGCGUGAAACUAGAGAUGCAGAAUGGCUUCAUCUUUGGGACGAUCCAGCCACCCAGGCCUAAGAUGGCCCCCGUGGGCGACACAUAUGAAAGCAUCUUCAGUCAUUUCCGCGAGUACGAGGUUGCUAUUCGCAAGGUGCCGGGAAACUAUACGUUCACAAACGAGAAGGUAAAUCACGAAAGCUUCAGUCUCCCAAUCUCCGGAGAGGUGGGAGAGUUCUGUGUCAGGGUGAAGCCAUCUGUCGGCUCCCGAAUUAAUAAGGCAGCAUGGUCCAAAGAGGAAUGCAUCGUCCUCACCAAGCAGCAAUAUUUCACCGUGACCAACCUCAGCAUGUUCUUUGCCUUCCUUGUGCUGCUCUGCGGAGCCCUGGCCUACUGCCUGACCCUCCACCUGUAUGUGCAGCGUCGGGGGAAGCUGCCUGCUGUCCUGGUCUUUGAGAAGCCCAACCCCAUCAUCCCUAUCAGCCAGCUUCCCUGCCCAGAGACCGAAGACACUAUUCAUCCCCUUGACGAGGAGGCUUUCCCGAAGGUGUUCCCAGAGCUGAGGAACUCGGACUUGCAUGGCAGCACGGACAGUGGCUUUGGCAGUACCAAGCCAUCUCUACAGACUGAGGAGCCCCAGUUCCUCCUCCCUGUCCUCCACCCCCAGGCCAGUGGGACUCUGGAAAAGGGAGAGUCCCCGGAGCUGGGGGACAGCUGCAGUAAUGGCAGCAGCAACAGCACGGACAGUGGGAUAUGCUUGCAGGAGCCCAGCCUGAGCUCCAGCACAGGGCCCACCUGGGAGCAGCAGGUGGGAAGUGACAGCCAAGGCCAGGAUGACAGUGGCAUAGGCCUAGUCCAAAACUCUGAGAGGCAGCCUCGGGAUACACAGGGUGGCUCAGCCUUGACCCAUGUCAGUCCCCUGGGGCCUGAGGUGCCUGGAGAAGAAGACACAGCCAUGGCGGCAUUCCAGGGCUACCUGAAACAGAUCAGAUGCACAGAGGAGAAGGCAAUCAAGGCAGGCUGCCUGGAGGAAGAGUCCCCCUUGACAGAUGGCCUUGGCCCCAAAUUCAGGACGUGUCUAGAUGCUGAGGCAGGCUGGCCUCCACCAGCCCUGGCCAAGGGCUAUUUGAAACAGGAUCUCCCAGGAAUGACUCUGGCUCCCUCGGAGACCAUAAGUGGACAGUGGAACCAACCACUUGAGGAAUGGCCACUCCUGGGCUUGACCAGCUGUGGUGACCUGGGAACAUCUGACUGGAGCUUUGCCCAUGACCUUGCCCCUCUGGACUGUGUGGCAGCUCCAAGCGGUCUCCUAGGCAGCUUUAACGCAGACCUGGUCACCUUGCCACUGAUGUCCAGUCUGCACUCGAAUGAGUGACUCGGGCUAAGGGCUGCUUUUGAUUCCAACCAUUCCUACUCCCCUGCCUGGACCAAGAGGAGGGGCCUGAGAAGUCAGAAGUGAAACACAAGGCCAGUCUUCAAGCCACUGGGGCCAGCCCUUGCCAGGCUCUGCAGGGAGGAGGCAGCCAUCCUGUGGAACUAGUGCAGGGUGUGUGGGUGGCAUGGGCCUGUUCUGCCGAAUGGGGACCUGCAGACUGGCAGAGCUGAGCAGAGCAGAGACCUUUUUUUCUCAGGACUCUUUUCUGUAUUAUUAAGGAUUAUUUCCUCAGGGAACCAUGGGGUUUUUGGAGUUGUGGUGAGGCUGCCAGGCUGAAGUCAGCUCAGACCCAGCAUUCCCCUCUUAGGCCAGCCAAGUGACAGGGCCUCUGGCAGGAUGGAGGCCUGAGAGCUGCAGAGGUCAUUUCUAGAGGAAAAGGAUGGACUAGAGGCCAGGUUUGAUCUCUGGGAUGGUCACAUGAAGAAUCUCCCCCCGGGCUUCUGGCUCAGAAUCUAUCCCUCUGGUGGGACGUCUCUGGUGUCCAGCUGCAGACACCCCCCUCCUUCCAGCAGUUAGAGUAGCAUCCCCCAGGGGAAUACUGAGUAGCCAAGCCACCCACCAUUCCUACCCUGCUGCCGUGCUGUCUUGCUGACAGUACGAGAAACCAUGGUUGUUUGUACUGGCCAAAACUCGGCCUUUCAGGUGGCCUCUGGUCUUGGGCACCAGCUCAGGUCAGCCCAGGGAGUCCAGAUGGGACUUGUGCUAGUGUUUGCUGCUGAUGUCCAGCUACAUACCCAGAGGACAGGGCUCUGGGCAGCGGUACCUGCUGUCGUAGUGUUCAGCCAUGUGACCUUGGACCAGCCACUUCUCAGACGGCCUCAGCUUCCCCAUCUGUGAAAUAAGAACUCAAACUUUAGGGGGUCCUCCAUGCUGAAAGUUAGCCAACCUGGCUUCUGAGGUGACAUUUCUGACCCUGGGGUGGGAGGAAGUGGACUCCAGAACUUCUCUGCCCAGAGCCAGCUUCUUUCUCGUGUUGAAGGCCAACACAAUUAGCAGGAGUUCAUGGCAUACCAAGAGAGCUCCUAGUAACUGAGGCCCAGAAACGAGACAGGUGUGGGCCCUGCUUCCCCACAGUCCAUUUAGAAUCUGUCUCCAAACAAAGGCAGUUCACAGUCCCCAGGCCAGGAAGCUGUGUGUCCUCCAGAGUCCUCUCUUGGCCCUGCAUUCCUCUGUAGCUUUCUGAAAACAGACAUUCUGGCCCCAGAAAUCCAGCCAUGAUCUCUCCCACUCUGCCAAGAAGCUCAGGGUUCCCUUGAAAGCUUUAUUUAUUUAUUUUGUUCAUUUAUUUAUUGAAGAGGCAGCAUAGGGUGGGGAAAGAAUUCUGGGUAUCUCAGGAGGCUUGGAGUUCUAGUUCUGACUCUGUGUGACCUUUUCCUCUUUGAGCCUCAGUUUCCUCAUCUGUAAAACUGGAAAACAACGUCUGACUUGUCUAAUUCACAGGGAUGUGAGGUUCCACUGAGAAAAUGGAUGUAAAUGUGCCUUGAACACAAAGCUCUAUAAGUGAGUGACAUAUGUUUUUUAUUCCAAUAAAUCGUCAGGACCACGGGA